CUACUAUCAAAGUGGAUGCUGAUGUUGGAAACCGGCUCAUACUUUUACUUUUAGUCCCAGAAGUUGCCAUAGCUUCUAGCUUUGACAGAAUUCGGCUGCGACGUAUUAGAAGCUAUACCGGUAUACGAUUUGAAAGUUUCUUUUUUUCCUAUGCAGGUUUUUGACCAUAUCUGAUGGAUAACUUUCUUCAAUUUCGUUCAGAGUUUUUAGAAGUUCAUUCAUUCCUUUGUCUUUUUUAAAACAAGCGAGUUAUCCGAACAGGCGUUGAAUAAGAGCGACUGUUUAAAUACUACCGACUGAUCUUCACAUCUUUAAUUUGCCCUCUGCUAUAUAGUAUUUGUCAUUAAAUAUUACUCACUAACGUAAUGCAGUGAGAAGCUAUAGGCUACAACGGCAGCCUGGCCAUUUUCCAAAUCUUUUAAACAAUUUUGUGGUUUACUCCGAACGCUUGUUUGCAUUCCCUAUGCAGUCCCAUGUAGGGGUCAGGUCUGAGACUGCAGGGCAUUUCGAAUAUGACUGUUAGUUGCGCUGUUUUAGCGCUGUGAAAAAAUCUAGCCAAGAGACAAGUCAAAUACUCGAGGGAAAAGCCAAACGUAGGCAGUCGUGAACACGGCACAGUGUCAGAUCAACGUCGCCCCUUUAUAUGGAUCACAGUUUUGCCCAGCAUUGGAAUUACUGUCACGUCACUUUGACUUCCACUUGCCCAAUAAGAGAACUGAUGAUUCAAGUCGCAUUGCCCGACGCAGAAAAAAAACUUGAUGUUGAUGGAAUGAAAUACGUUGUCAUCCAGGAGAUAUUGUGGAGUUUUAGCUUCAUCAUUCCUGUGUAGAUACCAUGGCGAAUAAAUAUACUCUCGGAGUGGUUUGGGCUUUUUUCGUUUGGUUUUCCAACGCCACAGCAGCCACAAGUGAAGACACAACUUUAUCGGAAAUGCAAGGAAAUUCUUCGAUCCGACAACAAAUUUUAUUUGACGAGAAAAUAUGGUGCUGCAAAAGUGGGACUACAUACCUGACAGGAUUGGAUCAGUGCGUGCCAAGUUUAGUGUCCACUUUGUACACCACGUCGUUUCCAAAUUAUUCGUUCGAGGAUCCUAACGACGGUUUGACUGAUUGUCCGGUUGGCUACGUGUGUCACACCACGGAAGAUUUUCAACUGGAAAACGGCACCUUAUUCGUUGGUAACAAACGGUUGGAGUCCAAUGAAUUUUGCAUCAACAGAGUAGAAGAAGAAAAUUAUUCAACUUCCCCUGGCAAAUUUGUGGCUCGUUAUUGCGUCCCUGAUCCUUGCAGUGAGUCGGGAUGCAUCCGGAAGUGUUGCCCACCCGGCAUGGCCAUGGUCACGAAAUAUUAUCACGAUCUGCUGAACAUUUCAAUAUGUGAGCCACAUCCUGUACCGUUUAAUUUGUCACUUUUGCGUAACCCGAAAAAUGAACCAAUCGACGCCAAUUCUUUUUCUACCCGUGGCGGACUCGGAAUAAAAUGCGGUGAAGUUCCACGAGAUCAACAAUUAGAUUUCUCGAUCAGGCACGACGGUCAGAUUGUACUUCAGUCAGAAAAUCAAACCGACGAGAAAACGGACCAGUAUUGCAUUGAAAAUAAUGUAGUUGACGGUGAAGACAUUAAACUAGUGGCUUUAGUGUGUUUUCCAGAGCAAGGAGAAGAUUCCAAAGGCGCGUUUCUAUUUGGAUGUUUGCAACUUUUUGCCACGGUAUUUCUGGUCGCCACCUUAUUGGUUUAUGCAAUUCUCCCAAAAAUGCGCAACUUCCACGGUGUUAUCGUCAUGUGUUACUUGGCUUCCAUGACAGUCACGAACGUCUUUCAUGCCAUUAUUCUAAUGAUGGUGAGAGUCAGCGAUAUGCCGCCCGGUCUUUGUUCAACAUUAGCAAUUUUAUUGCAUUUUGGCUACAUCGCCACUUUUUCUUGGUUGAACGUUUUGUGCUUUGGAGUUUGGCGGAUGUUUAGUUCCAUUAGACUGCCGACUCGCACAUCCGUCUUGAGCAAACAGUUUUUUUAUUCCUCCCUUUACGGAUGGGGUAUUCCAUUCAUUGUCGUGGUUGUCGGACAAAUUCUCCAGCACAGCGAUGUGCCAGACGACAUAAUUAAACCAGGACUGGCUUCAAAAUUGUACUGUUGGUUCAAUCAUAAACAUAGAGGACCAUUAAUUUCCUAUUUGUACGCACCGAUGAUGGUCAUGAUUGUUGCCAACGUUUUCAUGUUCGCUUGGGCUGCGUUCAAUUUUUACCAGAGAAGUGCCGAAUCGUCGCAAGUGACCAACGUUUUGCAUAAUGGCCAAAGAUUUAGGGUGAUCCUGAGUCUCUUCUUGUUGAUGGGUGUUCCUUGGACAACCGAAAUUAUUACUUUCAUGGCGGAUGCCAGUUUUGAAAGUGCCCUGGUCACCGACAUAUUCAACAUCUUUUUGCCGAUUUUCAUUUUCAUUAUCUUCGUCUGUAAACCAAGCGUUUGGAAAAUGCUGAAACAAAAAUUCCCGCGGUUGAGUCCCUUCAUCUCGAACUGUGAAAAAUUUAGUUCCCGUAUAAUCCCCAAGAAAAUUAAUCGUCAUCAACCUUCUAGUGCCGAAGAAAGCAAUUCAGAUAACACAAAUGACAUCAGUUAUAAUAACAAAACCUCCCAGCAAACUCUAUCUACUGAUUCUACAGCAGACAUGAAAGAAGUUUUCCAAUUACCAAUAACACGGUCAUUGUCUUCUGUUUUCUGAGUUAGUAUAAAAAGGUGACGGAUAGACUAGAAUGCUGAUCCAACAACUUGAAGGAUUUUGCUUAUUCGGAAAAUGUUCAAAUUGCUCAACCACUCAUAUCACCUGCCGUCCACCUGCCAGUGUAGAUCGCUGUCUUAUCUGGAAAUUGAAUUGGGGUGUUGUUGAUGUUCAUUUCUUGACUCUGUAAAUAGGCGAGCGUAAGUAAUAGGUCCUACUCUCGUAAUAAUAAUUAUAUUCACUUUUAUAAAAUUUAGCCCCAUCAAAAGAUUUUUUCAGCUAACAACUUUUAACGGUGAUGGGGAAUGAACAAUCUGUUUUGUAUGUUCCUUUAUCCAAGUAACAAUAUACAAAUGUCGAAGAAGUAAAAUUAAGUAAUUAAUCAAAUUAAAUUAAAUUAAAGAUAUAAUUUUUCUAUGUGGGAAAUCCCAAUAAUAUUCUGAAAUUGUAUUGAUGGAAUUCACAUUAAAUUUAUCGCUAAAAUCAUUCGUCGAGCAAAAAAUAAAAUAAGGUGGAAGUCUAAAUACCGUUUUAAUAGCCUUGCGGGAUUGAGCGUACUAUGUAUUACUAAUCCAGUUUUGACGCCAAAGGCAGCCCAUCUUUAAUGACUGUAACCAUUAUUUUUGGUAUGUAAUGCGCUAGGCUAUACGCAAGAUUUCACGCUCGGGUAUAACGUAUUAUCCUGACUAUAGUACAGUUCACAUCUGUGUUGUGUAUGAUCCUUUAUCUCCCCAGCACAAUUCGGGAAAUAAUUUAAUACAAAUUUCACUGGAGCAAUUAAUUAAGAAAUUAAAAUUCAUCGAUAGGUAUCAAAUGUAUUCCAUUGAAUUAUGGACAAAAUUUUGACGGUACAAAAUGUUGCUUAGCUCCGGCAUUUAUCCGAUUAUUUAUCCUUUUCCGUUUUCAUAAAAAUUUCCGAAAAAAUGACACUUCCUAUAAUUAUUUGCAGAUUAAUUCUUUACGUUGAUCAACUUAAGUCACUAAAUUAAAGAAUAACACAUUCCGGAUUUGCUUUUCUCGAAGCUCAAAACCGGUUCAACAAUUCGGGGAAGUUUCUUCCCCCCAACACUCUAAAAUCGUCCAUCUGGUGAGUGCAUGACAUCAAAUCCGUUCUAAUCUGCGCUCGUGAAAGUUUUACUUUGGAAUUUAUAACUGGCUCUGCAUGAUUCGAAAGUGAAAUAUACCAUUCCGAAACUGGUUUUUAAAA